AAUAUAUAUACUUAGCACCUUUGUUGAAAAUGAGUUCACUGUAGGUGUAGAAAUUUAUUUCUGGAUUUUCUAGUUUACGCAGUGCUAAAAAGAAUGUACUGUACAUGAAGUGAUUUCUAGGAUAUGUUGUUACAUGACCAUAGAAGAGUUAGAAACAAGCUUUCUUUUAAGUAAUAAUGGAAAAUAAGAAAUCUACACACAUUGAUAUGGUUUGGCUGUGUCUCCACCCAAAUCUCAUCUUGAAUUAUAGCUCCUAUAAUUCCCACAUGUCAUGGAAGGGACCUAGUAGCAAGGACAGAUAGAAGAGUGACUUUGAAUAGAAUGGGAGGCAGGUUUGCCCUAAGCUAUUUCCAGCUUGAGGUUUCCUUAGUGAUUUUGGGGGCCCAAGAUAUUUUCCUUUCACAAUACUAAGCAGUUUAAUUUCUCUGGAAUGUGGCGUUUUCACGUCUAAAGAAUAUUAAUAUGAAAACUUUAAAGUGGGAAAAUAGGUUUUCCAGGAGGGCAAUUGGCCCUCCAUAUUGGCUCUUGACAGGGCAGGAGCAUUGCCAUCUUGGACAAUCACUGCCAUUUUAAAGUUCACCUUGAUCAAAAACUGCCUAAAUCCAAAGGGCAUCAGCCUAAUGGCUAAGGUAGGCAUGACCAUAAACCAUAAAUGACAUCUCCAACAAGAAACAUUCCAACCAUAAGAUAAACCCCUCCCUGACCAGAGACAUGCCAGCCCUGAGAUAACCUCCCUUCCACUGGAGAGAUGUCAGUCCCAAGAUAACCUCCCCUCCAACCAGAGAUAUUCCAACCCCACAACAGACUUCUCCCCAACACAGAAACAUUCUAAGCCUGUGAUAAGCUCUCUCAUCCUAAAGUCAAUACUCUUAGUCUGUAAGAGACUGUGCUCCUGACGGCAAUCGGCCAGAAGCCCCUCUCAGGUUUAUUCUCCAAAACGAGCCUGUCUUUGACUGUUGAGCCGCUUUUCGUGUUUCUUUUCUCUUUCUUUAAUUCUUACAGCCCUCAUAAACACUUAAACUGUGGUUGUUUUUCUUGCCAAAGCAGUGGUACAACAGUGUCUGGAGCAGGGGCUGGUGCCCCAGGAAUUGCCUGUCCCAAACCAUUUUUUCCUGGCCCAUUAUUUAAGCUCUUAGAUUUAGCUCAUACUGUUAGCGUCUAGUAUAUUAGCCUUUCAGCCAUCUCCUGACCGCUAACUCCUUGAAGAUUGUAUCUCCUUGCUUGAAGAUUGUAUCUCCUUGCUUUGUUCUCUUUCAGUAACACUCCUGUCAUCAUGGCAGGCGUGUAGACUUCAGGAAUUCCUGUCUAUUCAGUAUUUUCUCUCGUGGACGCAGGGAAAGGGAAGGACCACUCUCAGGGUCACAGUCCAUAUUCCUCACCAGGCGCUCGGGUAUAUGGAAUUCAUUCCUCGUGGGCAUUGCGGGAAGUCUAGUCAAAGAGCACCGCGGAGUUCCAGGUUUCCCGCUGGAGGGUGAUACUAUCGAACGUCUCCUUUGGCAUUCAAGGAAGUGUAGCGCCGGCGAUCCGUCGAAUGACGGGCAAGUUGGCGCAGGGCGGCGUAUCCGGGGAAUUCUGGGAAAUGUAGUCCACACGCUGCGCCGGGUAGGGGGCACUUCCGCUCCCGGGGGGUGAGGUUGCAGCCGUGCAUUUCGGUGGUAGUUUUGUGUCAGUUGUGUGUCUUGUCGGUCCUUCUCAACAUGUCCCCUUACGAUGCGGGCUCGCAACCACCUGGAAGUUGACUAAGAGGAGAAGGAGCCUCGUUGGAAAACGGAGGUUUGAAGGCACAAUUCUGUCUUCCCUUGAACUGCAUAACUGAGAACUCUGCAAAUUCCCCAGAGGAGGAAAAAUGACCAUGUUCAAGGAGGCAGUAACCUUUAAGGAUGUAGCUGUGGUGUUCACUGAGGAGGAGCUGGGGCUGCUGGACCCUGCCCAGAAGAAACUGUACCGAGAUGUGAUGCUGGAGAACUUCAGGAACCUGCUCUCAGUGGGGCAUCAACUUUCCUACCAAGAUACUUUUCACUUCCAAAGAGAAGAAAAGCUCUGGAUCAUGGAGACAGCAACUCAAAAAGAAGGGAAUUCAGGAGGCAAGAUCCAAACUGAGUUGGAGUCUGUGCCAGAAACAGGACCACAUGAAGAGUGGUCUUGCCAGCAAGUCUGGGAACAAACUGCAAGUGAGUUAACUAGGCCUCAAGACUCCAUGAUAAGUAGCUCUCAGUUCUCCACACAAGGUGACGUCCCCUCCCAGGUUGACGCAGGACUAUCUAUAAUUCACAUAGGACAGACACCUUCUGAGGAUGGGAAGUGUAAAAAAUUCUUCAGUGAUGUCACCAUCCUUGAUCUUCAUCAACAAUUACACUCAGGAAAGAUGUCCCAUACAUGUAAUGAGUACAGGAAGAGCUUCUGUUACAGCUCAGCUCUUCAUCAGAAAGUUCACAUGGGAAAGAAACUCUAUAAGUGUGAUGUGUGUAGUAAGGAAUUUAGUCAGAACUCACAACUGCAAACUCAUCAGAGAAUCCACACUGGAGAGAAACCAUUCAAAUGUGAGCAGUGUGGGAAAAGUUUCAGCCGUAGAUCAGGAAUGUAUGUUCAUUGCAAAUCACACACAGGAGAAAAACCUCAUAUUUGUGAGGAAUGUGGGAAGGCCUUCAUUCACAAUUCCCAGCUUCGGGAACAUCAAAGAAUCCAUACUGGGGAGAAGCCAUUCAAAUGUUAUAUAUGUGGUAAGAGCUUCCAUAGUAGAUCAAAUCUUAAUAGGCAUUCCAUGGUCCACAUGCAAGAGAAAUCAUUCAGAUGUGAUACCUGCAGUAAUAGCUUUGGUCAGAGAUCAGCACUUAAUGGUCAUUGCAGGGACCACACAGGAGAGAAGCUAUACAAAUGUGAAGAAUGUGGAAGGAGCUUCACUUGUAGGCAAGAUCUCUGUAAGCAUCAGAUGGACCAUACAGGAGACAAACCAUAUAACUGUAACAUAUGUGGGAAGAGCUUCAGGUGGUCCUCACGUCUUUCGAGACAUCAGCGGAUCCACAGUGGAGAAGCAACAUUCAAGUGCGAUGGAUGUGGGAAGAGAUUUCAUAUGAAUUCACGGGGCCAUUCUCAUCAGACAGCCCACAGAGGAGAAAAACUGUAUAAAUGUCAGAAGUGUGGGAAGGGCUACAUUAGUAAGUUUAAUCUUGACUCGCACCAGAGGGUCCACACGGGAGAGAGACCUUAUAAUUGUAAGGAAUGUGGAAAGAGCUUCAGGUGGGCCUCAGGUAUUUUGAGACAUAAGAGACUCCAUACUGGAGAAAAACCAUUCAAAUGUGAAGAGUGUGGGAAGAGGUUUACUGAGAAUUCAAAACUUCGUUUCCAUCAAAGAAUUCACACUGGAGAAAAGCCUUACAAAUGUGAGGAGUGUGGAAAGGGCUUCAGAUGGGCCUCAACUCAUCUAACCCAUCAGAGACUCCACAGUAGAGAAAAAGUACUUCAAUGUGAGGACUGUGGGAAGAGCAUUGUGCACAGUUCAUGCCUUCAAGACCAACAAAGAGACCACAGUGGAGAAAAAACAUCUAAAUGUGAGGACUGUGGGAAGCGCUACAAGAGGCGCUUGAAUCUCGAUAUGAUUUUAUCAUUAUUUUUAAAUGACAUAUAAUUAUUGUCCAUAUUUAUGGGUUACAGCAUGAUAUUUCAAUACAUGUAUACAAUGUGUAAUGAUCAAAUCAGUGUCAUUAGCAUAUCCAUCACCUCAUUUAUCAUUUGUGUUGAUCAUUUAUCAUUUCUUUGUGUUUUGAACCUUCAAAAACUGUUCUAGUUAUUUGAAAAUAAAUUAUUAUUAAUUAUAGUCACCUUUAGUGCUGUGGAACACUAGAACUUGUUCCUUUCAUCUUACUGUACUUUUGUAUCUGUUAACCAAUCUUUCAUCAUCCACCCCCCCUCCUACUUUUCCCUUCUAGUAAUUGCUAUGCCACACUGCUUCUCCUUUUUUAUUUUUAUUUUUAUUUUUUUUUUGAGAACAGAGUCUUGCUCUGUUGCCCCGGCUUGAAUGUAGUGGCAUGAUCCUGGCUCACUGCAGCCUCCACCUCCUGGGUUGAAGUGAUUCUCCUGCCUAAACCUCCUGAGUAGCUGGGAUUACAGGCAUGCACCACCAUGCCCAGCUAAUUUUGGUACUUUUUUUUUUUUUUGAGAUGGAGUAUCACUCCGUCGCCCAGUCUGGAGUCUAAUGGCAUGAUCUCGGCUCACUGCAACCUCUGCCUCCCAUGUUCAAAUGAUUCUCCCUGCCUUGGCCUCCCGAGUAGCUGGGACUACAGGUGGCCACCACCACAAUCGGUUAAUUUUUGUAUUUUUAGUAGGGAAUGAGUUUUUGCCAUAUUGGCCAAGCUGGUCUCGAACUCCUGACUUCAGGUGAUCCCCCCACCUCAGCCUCCCAAAGUGCUGGGAUUACAGGCGUCAGCCACCAUGCCCAGCCUAAUUUUUGUAUUUUUAGUAGAGACUGGGUUUCACCAUGUUGGCCAGGCUAGUCUUGAACUCCCAACCUCAAAUGGUCUACCUGCCUUGGCCUCCCAAAGUGCUGGGAUUACAGGCAUGAGCCACCAUGCCUGGCCAAUGCUAUGCUGCUUCUGUGAUUUUUGAGAAUAGUCUUGCUCUGUUGCCCAGACUUCCACAUAUGUGUGAUAACCUGUAGUAUUUGUCUAUCUGGGCCUGAAUUUACAUCACUCAGCUUCAUGUUCUCCAAAGCUUAUCUUUACCUUGCCAUAAAUGACAGCAUUUUAUUAUUUUUUAUGGUUAAAUAGUGUACCUUUGUGUAUGUAUGCCACAUUUUCUUUACCAUUUUCUGUUGAUGAAUAUUUAGAAUUGUUCCAUACGUUAGCUAUUGCAAAUAGUACUAUAAUAAAUAUAGGAGUACAGAUAGGAGUUCAACACACGAAUUUCCUUUCCUUUGGAUAUACAGCUAAUAGUGGGAUUGCUGGAUCACUUGAAUCUUAAUAUGCAUAAGAGGAUCUACACUGGAGGAACACCAUGGAUGUGUGGAGAGUGUGGUACAUACUUCAGUCAGGGCUCACAUCUUCAAAUUCAGUGCCUAUUCUGUAGAGGAACCUUAAAUAAUAUGAUGUAUGUGACAGCAAAGAGUUAUAAGGUAUGAAUAUGUUAAUUUUAGUAGAUACUUCCAAAAACUAUUUCAAACUGGUUGUACCUCUAUAAACUCUGACCAUUAUUAGGCAAGACUUGGCUUUUUUUUUUUUUCUUUUGAGACAGUCUUGCUCUGUCACCCAGACUAGCAUGCAGUGGAAUGAUCAGGGCUCCCUGCAGCAUUGACCUCCCAGGCUCAAGAAAUGCUUCUGCCUCAGCCCCUCAAAAGCUGGGACUAUAGGCAUGCAACAACACGCCCGGCUAAAUUUUUGUUGUAGAGAUGGGGUCUCACUAUGUUGCCCAAAUUAGUCUCAAACUCCUGGGCUCAAGUGACUCUCCCUCCUCAGCCUCCCAAAGUGCUGGGAUUACAGGCAUAAGCCACUGCGCCCAGCAUUUUGUUUUGUUUUGUUUUGUUUUGUUUUUGAGAUGAGGUCUCUCUGUGUUGCCCAGGCUGGAUUGUUUAUUCACAGAUGCAUUUACAGUGCCCUGUAGCCUCGAACUCCUGGGACUAAGUGAUCCUCUUGCUUUAACCCCCUGAGAAGCUGGGACUAUAGGCAUGGACCACCACCCCUGACUGAUCUUCUUUAGUUUCUGUCAACAAAAUAGUACAUUGUUUCCACUAACUUGGGAAGGCUAGUAUUUUUGGGGGGAAUAUCACUAAACAAGAAAGAAAAUCUGAUGAAUUGGACAGCAUAAAAAUAUUGGCAUAAAGAUGAAUAUAACAUAAGCAGGAAUAUUUAAAGCACUUACUUUUUAUAGUGUCUCCCCUGUAAUGUCUCUGGUUAAAUGAAAGGCUUUCAGCUGUGAAGACAACCGUAACCAUACUCAUUACCUGUAAAAGAUGUAGCAUUGUCAUGGACUCCUUAAUAAACAUGAAGACUUUAAUCCA